AUGGCCGACCACUACGAGAUUGAAGGUUCCAAGGCUUGGAGGCUCCCAGGCUAUGAGUAUCUAGACGAUUUAGACCGCCAUGCACCAACCUCAGAUGAUGAGGCUUACUACGAUGACUACCCCGAGGAAUACACGGCAGACUACCCUGGGAUUGACGGUCGUCACAGUUUCUCAGAAGUAGAACUCCCUCUGAAGGGGGAUUCACAAGACCGCUCUUCCCCAUUAUCCACUAACGAAUCAGCUUCAUAUUCUUGGCGUCCUCGGCCGCCUGUGACGCCCGAAGAGCCCUUUCCAGCUGAAGGAGUGCGCCUAGAUGAACUUCCCUCCAGCUUUUUGGGUCUCCAUCUGAUGAAUAAACAUCGUGGCCGCUCGAGUGAAUCCGGUCCUAAGACAAUUUUGACGCAUACCGCAUCUCGGCCAGACCCAGUCCUAUCUGUCUCUGGAAAAACAGCCCAAAGUACAAACUCCUGGAACGCAGACCCUCCUUAUCCAGAUCAUUUCGCUAAAUCUAAAUGGCGCGCCGGAAUGAAAUCAGAUGCCAUCCUUGGACUGAGCGACUUCGAUAUUGACAACACCGAGAGGAUCUCUUUACCCAAUUUAUUUGGCCGAGGUCCUCCUAGGCCGGGCAGGACAGAGGUAUUUGAAGAUCUUUGCCGUAAGACCGGGGCUUUCAUCAAGCCGCCUGCAGAGAACGACGAGAAGCACCUCUUUAUUUGGGGCACUCCGAUCCAGGUCAGUGCCGCUAAAAAGGAACUCAAGGGUCUGGCAGCCAAAUACCGCCAACAAUCCUCGGCCAACAGAAGCUCUGAAUUGCUUCCUUUGAACCUGAAGGAGAUUCCAAAGCCACACAAGACUCUGAUCAACUGGGCAGAGUCCAGCUCUUAUAUUCCCGUUGAAAAGGCCGAAUAUCAAGAGCAGCACGAGAAAAUCUCCAGGAUCAGACACCUUCGCGAGAGGCUCCUAUUCCCGAUUUACCAGGCAAGAAUUUCCCCAAACAUCCUGACUUUUCUCCUGCACGAUAACGGCCCAACCCUUAACGAAUGCUUUGGACAGGAUCUGGGAGAAUUGGACGCUAUCCGCGAAGAAUUUGGAGUUUACGUCUAUAUGUUCGAUCAUAAGCCGGACGAGCUCCACGUGGCAAAAAAUUCCGAUUUCAAUGCCAAAGAAAUUACCCACAGGCUUCGUGAGAUGUGGAAAAGAGCCAUGGGGAAUCUUGAUAUUCGGAUUGCGGGUUAUUUCAUGGAUUUGCCAUCAAAAGAGAUCGCCCGAGAUACCGUGUGUGUCACGAAGAUGGGAAUGCUCCAUAAGCCAUUCCUACAAGGGAAGAAAAUCAGCACCACCCCGGAAAGCCAACAAAUCCCUUUCGAGGAUCCCUUUUUUGCCAGAAGGCUAAGAAUGCGAAUCCAUUUCGGAACAUUUGUUCUUCACCGGUAUAUGGCACCAAAGACCAAUAAAUACACUUACGGGCUUGAGGAAUUUGGAGCGAUGGUUCAUUCAGACAACACCAGGGGGAGGAUUGUGCCUGGACUCAAGAUUACCCAGGCCGAAUUGUUCAGCAGGCUUCAGAAGGCCGAGGAAUUAAUAGAGUCUCUAGAUCCUAGCAUAUCUCUAAACUCUCUGGCCGAGAUGGAGCCAACUCUUUCAGUCGGGUUUGAAUUUUCAAGCAAAGCAGAUACCAUAUUACACCUUGAAAUUGACUUCGCGAAGGCAUCGGGCUCCCACGAGAUCGAGGUUAGUGGACGUCGUUGGCUCAAAACGAGCGGUGGUGAUGACAAAACUUGUCGGAUGCCCCUUCAGCUAGCCAUGAUUGAUUUUGCCAAAACGGAUUGGCAGUGCGAUAUCGAAUUCUUCGAAGCUGUAGACGGAAAAGACGUGAAGAAAACACAACGGGAAUUUGCCUCAAGUGUACGGUUCAUUGGCACAAAAAUCGCGGGCUAUCUUGACUCCCACCCUGAAAAGAGAACAUCGUUUCCUAACGACGCACCCAUAACUCGCUAUGUUGAGAGAACUGCCCUGAAUUUCCAAGUUAAAGGAACUAGCCUGAUCCUCGAAGUGAUUCGGUUCGACGAGUACCGUCUCCUUUCUGUUCCUGGCAAGAAAACAACGUCCUCUCCCAACAUUUCAUGGGGCGCAGUUUUAUUUAAUCCUGAAUGGGAUAUCAUUUUGGAAGAAGAUGCUGAGCCUGAUGCACACAGCAUUGCCCAAAAGAGAGGAGGCCUCAAGUGCUUCUUCCCGUCUACCCAAGACGCAGGGGUUCGGGAGGAUGCCGGCUUCCAGGAACUUCUACAGAUUGUUGACAAGAUCGGUUGUUUACUCGGAGGCCCGGAAGUGGAAAUGACUGAACAAGCUCGAACCACGAGAGUUGCCGGUCUGCUUGAGGGUGACGUUGGAUCGCUCUUUUGA